ACAAAAAACAAAACGGUUUCUUUGUAUCAUUCUCCGCUCUUCUUGUUCAUUCCCAUUUUCGAACUCGAAUUUUAUCUUAACAUUUUUUAUUCAAAUACAUUUUCAUAACACGCAUUCCAUUUUUUUCCCUUCAUUCAUUUAUGCAUUUCUUCCUCUGCAGCCUCUCAUCACCAUCAUCAUCAUCAUCAUCAUGGCGGGUCUAUACUCUUCUUCAAGACCCAUUGCCUCUUCUUCAUCUUCAUCUCAAGCCCCUAUUAAUUCUCGUCUUCUCUUGCUCUUGACUCUCCUUCCUCUCACCCUCGCUUCCUUCGCUUUCGUUCUUCAAUGGCGGGGCGAAUUGACCGACCCGGUUGCCCGAUGGUUCCCCGAUCACCAUGAAUUCCCCGGCAUGGUCAACACUUUCACUGACCUUACCAUCCGGAAUUCAAGGUCGGGCUGUUUUGAUCCUCUGGGUCGCAGCAACUCUCCUUCGUUCCCUUAUUUUAGGGACUGGAAGUUUGAUUUCGGGUCGGAUCUGAAGCCUAAGAUAUGUAUUACAUCAAGUACUUCUGCAGGGCUAGAACAGACUUUACCAUGGAUCUUUUAUCACAAGGCUAUUGGUGUUUCAAAUUUUUUUCUUUUUGUGGAGGGGAUGGCUGCCUCUGCUAAUGUAUCAAAAGUCUUGGAAUCGAUUCCAGGGGUGAAAGUCAUAUUCAGAACAAAAGAAUUAGAGGAACAACAGGCUAAAAGCCGCAUCUGGAAUGAGAGUUGGCUGGCAAGCUUCUUCUACAAACCAUGUAAUUAUGAAUUAUUUGUGAAGCAAUCCCUGAAUAUGGAGAUGGCUAUUGUCAUGGCAAGGGAAACAGGCAUGGAUUGGAUUUUUCAUCUAGACACCGAUGAGCUAAUACACCCAGCAGGAGCUCGAGAAUACUCUUUGAGACAGUUGCUGUUAGAUAUACCUGAACAUAUUGAUAUGGUUGUAUUCCCGAAUUAUGAGAGUAGUGUUGAGCGAGAUGAUAUCAAGGAACCUUUCAGUGAGGUAUCUAUGUUCAAGAAGAACUAUGACCAUCUUCCCAAAGACGUAUAUUUUGGCAAUUAUAAAGAUGCAACACGUGGAAAUCCAAACUACUUCCUAACAUAUGGAAAUGGGAAAUCAGGUGCUCGUAUUCAAGAUCAUCUUCGUCCUAAUGGUGCUCACAGAUGGCACAACUACAUGAAGAACCCAAGUGAGAUCAAAUUGGAUGAGGCUGCUGUCCUGCAUUAUACAUAUACCAAAUAUUCUGAUUUGACUUCAAGACGUGACCGGUGUGGCUGCAAGCCUACGAAGGAGGAUGUUAAAAGAUGCUUCAUGCUGGAAUUUGACAGAGCUGCAUUUAUAAUUGCCUCAACUGCAACAGAGGAGGAGAUGUUGCACUGGUAUCGCGAGCACAUUGUUUGGACUGAUAAAAUCCUGAAUGGGAAACUUCUGAAGAAGGGUAUUUUGACUCGCAUUUAUGCUCCAAUGGCCAUUAUUCAAGCAAUGAGGGAAUCUGGGGUCUUCAGUUCAGUAAUUGCACUGGCAGAGGUGGGCCUCUCAAAGGACAAAUUUUUAUCAUCCAUUGAAAGUAGUAACACUACUAGAGGAGUUAAAAGCGGAAUAGUGUCAUCAAGAAAGAUGGGUGAUAACAGUGAAUCUGAGGCAACUGCAAGAAGGGUCUUGGAGUGUUCUAAUGAUGCAAUUUAUGCUUCAGCAAUUCCACCACAAUCUCCUCCUGGCCUGGAUGACGUUGAGUUUGAUACAACAUUACAGACUACAAUCAUGUGAUGCCAAAAUCUUUCCCGGCUUCAGUGUAAGUUUGAAAUGUUGGGAAAGGAGAGAAGUCAUGGGAGUAAUUUGAUGUGGCAUUGCAUUUUUAAGUUUCUUGGAGCUCUUCCCGAUCAUUACCCAAGCGUUGGUGUACAUUUCAGCUGUAGAUUAUAGGUUUUAUAGAGCUAGAGAUGUAAAGCGGGGUUUGAUUCGAUUACUGAUGCUAAUUUUUUUUUUUUUUGGUUUCUUAUUGAGUAAUGGUAAUAUUUGUAAGAGUGCUUUGGGUUACAACCUUCAUUUGUAAUCUGAAGUUAUAUUCUGUGAGUCAGAUUAGUUUAACCACACUGGAAUGGUAAUAUUACAUUGUUGAGGCCAUAUUCUUCAUAUGUAAGUUGUCUUACUGUGA